AACCUAAAACUCCAAAUUUCCAUUUCUGCUCCACAACAUCCUUCUUCAUGAUCAGAUAGUACUUUUGAUCAGUCAUGGAUCUUAUUCAUAAGUUCCUGAACAUAGUAGCUCCUAUAACCACCUUCUUUUUCCUUUGCCUUUUCUUACCACCGUAUUGGACCUUCAAGUUCUUCCUUUCGAUCAUAAAUUCCAUCUUCAGUGAAAAUGUUGCCGGUAAAGUUGUUCACAUCACUGGUGCUUCCUCUGGCAUUGGCGAGUUCCCCCUCUUGGCCUGGUUUUGCUGCUCCUCAUGUUACCGCCCUAUCUGUUAUUCAAGAUUCUCCGCUUCAUCGUAAGAUCAAUUUUUAGUGAGAACGUAGCAGGAAAAGUGAUACUAAUCACUGGAGCCUCCUCUGGCAUAGGCGAGCAUCUAGCAUAUGAGUAUGGUAGAAGAGGAGCGCGUCUAGCACUUGUUGCCAGAAGAGAAAAUAGACUCAAGGAGGUUGCUAGCAUUGCCAAAUUGUUUGGAUCCCCUGAGGUCAUCAUCAUCCCUGCAGAUGUUUCAAGUUCCCAAGAUUGCAAACGAUUCGUUGACUCAACAAUCAACCACUUUGGACAACUGGAUCAUCUGGUGAACAAUGCAGGAGUAAGUGCUCCCGGCUUGUUUGAAAGCACCACUGAUAUCCGCAAUUUUGCACCCGCAAUGGACAUUAACUUCUGGGGUUCUGCAUAUGGCACUUACUUUGCAAUCCCCCACCUCAGAAAAAGCAAAGGCAAGAUCAUAGCAAUAGCUUCCUGUACAGGAUGGUUGCCUGUUCCAAGGAUGAGCAUCUACAAUGCGAGCAAAGCAGCAGUGAUCAGCUUAUAUGAGACUCUAAGAAUUGAAUUGGGAAGAGACAUAGGGAUAACUAUAGUCACUCCAGGGCUGAUUGAAUCAGAAAUGUCGCAAGGGAAGGUCUUAUUCAAGGAAGGCAAGAUGGUUUCUGAUCAACUAAUAAGAGAUGUGCAAGCUAGUUUGAUACCCAUAAGAUCAGUCACAGAAGCUGCCAAAUCAAUUGUUAAUAGCGCUUGUCGCGGAGACUCAUACUUGACAGAGCCAGCAUGGUUUACGACAACGUUCUAUUGGAAGAUAUUUUUCCCUGAUGUGCUUGAGUUUUGUAACCGUAGGACCCUAAUCUCAGGGUCUUCGGAGAGGGAUACAGUUAGCAAGAAGCUCCUUGAUUUAUCAGGCUUGAAGAAAUAUCUGUGUCCCAAGUCAGUGAGAAAUCCCAAUCUCAAACCCAGCUAACCAUCAACUUCAUGACUUUGAAAUCUAGCUCAUGCCAUCUAAAUGUGGAAGUAGUAUCUAUUGACAUAAGCUACUUCUGUACUUCACCUUAAGAAAAUAAAAAUAAAAAAAUCAUUUGUGGUGUGGCAUUAAGUGUUUCUAGUUUCUACUUAUUCAUAUGCCUAGCCGUCUUAAAGUGACAUUGUAAUCGGUAAAGGAAUAGUAGUUCAACUUUCCUUCAGGCUCGAACUGUUGGAUUCUUGAAGGAAAUCAACUGUGACUUUUAUCGCUCUGUUUCAAUGACUUUGGAUCAA